AUGAACUCCAAUACGAGGUGCUCGUUACCUCCCAUAUCCGCACUUUUAAAUUCAGAACUUGAUAAAGUUCCUUUAGUGCCGCAUGCAACCUCCGGCACUCACGAACCUCAAAUAUACAUCCAAUCUAACCUACAUUCGCUGAGCUCAUCGACAUCACAAACCUCGCAACAACUCUAUAACGAAAAUGUCGAUAAAAUUCAAAAUACAUCACCAUCUACGAAACAGCAUUUACCUCCGAUUGAACCUAUUUAUCAUCCACAAGGGUCUCAUCAAGUAUCUAAGUCACGAUCAGAUUAUGUCUCUAACCUGCCACCACCAGCAUCACAACAGGUUCAACCUGGGGCCAGAGGAUAUCCUACAGAAUAUGAUCAGUAUCGUACCUCCUUCAUGAAUGAUGUCAAUCAAUCGGCAGCUUCUCUGGAAACUGACAGGAAAAUAUUAGAUCUUAAAAAGAUAAUAAACCAUUGUACAUUAAUCGGUCAAUUUGCCGAGAAAUACAGUGAUCUAUGCAAUAGACCAGGAAACAAAACCACAUCUUGGGCAUCAUCAACUUUGGCUGUCACACCGGCACCUGUACUUGAGGCAAAUGUCUCGGACAUGAUAAACAAAACGUUCGAAGUACUUUAUGUAUUGAAUGCUCUGAAAGAUGAAAAAAAUAAUCGCGAUCAGCAAAGUGAAAUCGAGCUAAUUAGAAAUAAGAGACUCAAUCCUGGAGCUUCUCCUGUGAGACCAAAGUAUCGAAGACGAUUAAAACGACCAGCCCCACCAGGUAGGUGUCAAUCUUGCAAUAUUCAAGAGACACCCGAAUGGAGACGUGGUCCUGAUGGUGCCAGAACGUUGUGCAACGCGUGCGGCUUACAUUUUGCAAAGUUAAACCGAAAACGCGCUCAACUCGCAUUACGUGAACAAGAAAUGACUCAAAUCAGCAUGUAUCAACCUCAAAAUCCAUACGCCCAAUAUAAUAUGCCAUGA